CGCCUGUUCUUAGUUGAGAAAGGUCCCUUCAGAGAUGAACAGGAAAAAUACCCCCCAAAUGAACAUUCUUCAGACGGACGUCACUUCUCUGUCAAUCUUUUCUCACGCAAGCUACAGAACGGGGAGACAGUGAAUCGGACCUGGCUUAUUUAUUCGAAACACAAAAAUGCAGUAUUCUGUUUCUGUUGUAAGCUUUUCUCUGAUUUGAAAAUAAAACUCACCAAUGACGGAAAUAGCGAUUGGAUAAACAUGAGUCGGAUUUUAAAAGAACAUGAGACUUCCCCAAAGCACAUGAGCUUUGUUAAGGCAUGGCAUGAACUGGCAGUGAGGCUGAAACGGGGGGAAACGAUUGACAGUGAAUAUCAAAAGUUAAUGCAGCGAGAAUGUGAUCACUGGAACAGGGUUCUACAAAGAAUCAUGUACAUUGUGUAGUUCCUUGGAGAAAGAAACUUGGCUUUUCGGGUACCAGUAGCCGUCUCUGGGACUCUAAUAACGGCAAUUUUUGGGGAUUCAUUGAACUUCUAGCUAAAUAUGACCCAUGCUUACAGGAAUAUUUGAGACGUAUA